AUGAAGCUCAAAGACAUCUCCCGCACAGCCACUUUUGCAUGGGACCAGACCUCCUCCUCCUCCCCCUUGCUCGUCACCGGGGCAGUCGCCGGCGCGCUCGACGAGAGCUUUAGUAAUGAGAGUCAGCUGGAGAUUUGGAGGCCGGACUUUGGCGGAGAGGGGGUUGGCGCGCUCAGGUUGGGCGGGGAGGGGCAGAGGGGGCCCGAGGGGAGUAUCACGGUUGGGAGCAGGUUCAACCGUCUCGCUUGGUCCUCGCCGAAUGCUUCGCACGCUCAGGGUGUGAUUGCUGCGGGUAUGGAAACGGGCGAGAUCAACGUCUAUGAUCCGGCCAAGAUCCUUGCUGGCGCCGAUGCCGAUGCCGCGCGUAUAUUCCGGAGCGACAAGCAUGCAGGCCCCGUCCGAGGCCUCGACUUCAACCCUAUCCAAAAGAACUUGCUCUUGAGUGGAGGUAUCAACGCCGAGCUCUUCAUCUUUGACCUGAACAACCCAUCCUCUGCUCCUAUUCCCCCAGGACCCGCAUCCACCAAGCUCGGCGAAAUCACCUCGCUCCAGUGGAAUCCGACCGUCUCGCGCGUGUUUGCCGCGUCGUCCUCGUCGGGCUAUACGUCUGUUUGGGAUCUCAAAGCGGGCAAGGAGAUUGUAUCGCUGCAGUAUGGCGGUGGAGCGGCCAAGGGCGGGGCGGUGGCUGGUAUGGCGGGGUUGCAGGUCGGCGCGAGAAGGGGAAUGAGCGAUCCUACGCGAUUAAUCACUGCAUCGGAGGACGAUGAUUCGCCAAUCAUCAUGCUUUGGGAUCUGAGAAACACUAGGGCGCCAGAAAAGAUUCUCAGCGGUCAUACCAAGGGUGUCCUCUCUGUCGCUUGGUGUAAGCAGGAUGCCGAUCUGCUUUUGUCUUGCGGAAAAGACAACAGGACGUUGUGCUGGAAUCCCCAGACCGGCGAAAUCGUUGGAGAGCUCCCGUCAAGCAGUGACUGGUCCUUCCAGACCACCUGGUGCCCCCGCAACCCUGACCUCCUCGCUACUGCCUCCUUCGACGGGCACAUUGGUAUCCACUCCCUCCAGACCACUCAGGCACCCGCCGCUCCCACUUCCAAGCUCAGCGAGACUGCCACCGCCGACGACAUCUUUGGCGCUUUGGGCGAUACCGACCAAGUCGACGACACUGCCAACGUGCUCUCACUCAUCCAGCCGCCCAAGUGGCUGCGUCGGCCCGUCUCUGCCACCUUCGGAUACGGCGGCCUGCUUGCGAGCACCAGCAAUCUCACAGGCGCGACCGGGAAGCACCAGAGCGGUGUUGCUCACUUGCGCAAGAUCACCACGGAGCCGGAGAUCAUUGAGCGCGCGGAGAAGCUGCAUGCUGCGGAUGGGCAAAAGGAGCAGCUAGAGAGCUUCUGCGAUGGGCGCGCGUCGGAUAAGGGGGAUGCGGCGUGGAAGGCACUGCAGACGCUGUUCAAGGCGAAUUCGAGGGAUGAGCUUGUGCAGCUGCUAGGGUUCUCGAAGGAGGAGGUGAAGAAGCAGGUGGAGGAGGCGAUCAAGAAGUUGCCGGGUGGAGGUGUGCAGGCGGAGGCGACCGAGCCGGAAGCGGACGUGGAGGAGGAGAGCAAUCUCUCUACGCCAAAGAACGAGACGGCCAACGCUACGCCAUCCGAAACCAGCGAAGCUGCGCCCAGCGGCGGAGCCGAGUUGACCGAGAAGAGUCUCUUUGACCAACUCGCGGCCGACUCGGGAUCGGCGGACGCGGACGGAUCCGACUUUUUCUCGUCCAUCGCCUCGGGUUCGCUCCGGAACCCUCGGCUCGACAGUAUCUCCACUCCCAAGAACGAGAUCGCCGAGUCGUCCCGCGCAGCUACGGUCGGCUCCCGCCCUUCGUCGGUCCGCAGCGAGAGCAUCAAGGAUAAUACCUUCCACAUCUACCCGUCAGGCGAGAAUGACACGGACCGGCUCAUCACCCAGGCGCUUGUACUCGGCAAUUUUGCCUCGGCGGUCGACCUCUGUCUCGCCUCGGAGCGAUACGCGGACGCGCUCCUCCUUGCUGUCCGCGGCGGUCCGGAUCUGCUUCAAUCGACUCAAAAGGCAUACUUUGCCAAGCGGACCACCACGACGCCCUUCCUUCGCGUCUUCCAGUCUAUCGUCACGGAGGAUCUGGUCGAUAUCGUCCAGAAUGCGGAUCUCGGUGAAUGGCGCGUCGCCUUCGUCGUCCUCUGCACGUUUGCAAAGGACGCCGAGUUCAACAAUCUCGCGGACCAGCUCGGCCAGCGACUGCAGUACAAGUCUACUACAUUGUCGUCCUCGGACACUGCGGCUGCCAAGGAGGCAAGGCAGGACGCUACGCUGUGCUACCUCGCAGCGCGGAAGCUGGAGAAGGUGGUCAGUAUCUGGAGCGAGGAGAUGAGAGAGGAAGAGUCCAGCUCAGAGUCGUCCAAGGACACUACGAGGUAUACCGCCCACGCGCUUGCCCUCCAGUCGUUCAUCGAAAAGGUCGCGGUCUUUACCGCCGCGACCGGCUAUGUCGACCAGGACCUCAUGUCGCCCACCCAGUCGACCGAGACGGCCGAAGCGGGCGCCAGGACGUACAAACUCGCGUCGCUCUACAACCGGUACUACGAGUACGCGGAUCUGCUGGCGGCGCAGGGUAUGGUGGAUAUCGCUGCCAAGUACGUCAAGCAGACGCCGGCGGACUAUCGCGGCGCGUCGGGCUCGCUCGAUAAGGCGAGGGAUCGGCUCUUUGCUGCUGCGGGCAUCUCGUCCGGGUCUGCUCAGGCCACUCAGCCUGCCGGACCGUACGGCGUUCCCCCCGCCGCCAACCUCCCACCGAUGCCCACUCAAGCCCCGCCUGCUUCCUACCAACCCAAUCAGUCGUCCUUCCAGCCGUCGUUCCCGCAGCCGCCCCAACAGCAGCAGAACAACUUCACCUACAAUGCGCCGUACCAGCCCUCGCAGCAGCCGCAACAACAGCCGCAGCAGCAACAGCAGCAGCCGUAUCAGGCUGCUCCCUCGCCAUACGCGCCCAACGGGUACGGAGGGCCAAGCCAGCAGCAAGGCCAAACCGGCGGCUAUGGUCUCCCGAACCAGCAGCAGCAACAGUACGGUGCUCCUCCCCAGGCGCAACCACUCGGCCCGCCGCCUCGCAGUAACCUCAUCAAUGGAACGGGCGCAAACGGAACACCUCCUCCACCUCUUCCUGCGGCGCAGCGUCGCGACAUCCCAGGCUGGAAUGACGCUCCCGCGCUCAGCUCUGCCCCGAAACGCCCCCAGAGCGCUGCGAAGGUGGCUCCGAUCAUGAGCCCCUUCCCGAUCUCGGAUCAACAGCAGCAGCAGUACAUGCAGCAGCCGGGUCAAGGGAAUGGCCAGGGCCCACCACCGAUGGGCAUCACCCCGCCGCCAAACCGCGCUGCGCCGGGUAUGCUGCCGCCUCCGCCAAAGGGCGGACCACGGCCGCCGUCUGCGCAAGCUCAACAGCAGCAGCAGUAUCAGCAGCCCCCUCCCUCUGCACCGCCACUGAACCGUACGCCCACGGCUGGCCCUCCCCCACCCCAGCGUGGUUCCACACCCCGCGCAGGACCGCCUCCGCCAGGUUUAUCCGCCGGUCCACCACCCCCUCGUGCGCUCUCGCCGUUGGGUCCAGGUCGGGGACAACAGGGCCAGCAAGGACAGUAUGUCCAGCCCAGUAUCGCCGGUCAGCUCCGCCCGACGUCUGCGCAGGGUCAACAACAAGCGCAACAACAGGCGGGUCCACCCCCUCCUGGACGUGCGGGUCCACCACCCCCCAAUCGGGCUGGUUCGGCGAUGAGCGUCAGUCAGGGAGCGCCGCAGGUCCGCUCGCCACCUAGUCAGAGCUCGCCGGUGAUGCCUCCUCCACCGCAGGCAAAGGCUUUACAUCCUCAAGGAGACCGGUCGCAUAUCCCCCAAGAGGCGCGAGGGAUCUACGAGACGCUCAAUGAGGAGAUGAACCGAGUCAAGGGGGCGAAUCUGCCGGCCCCUCUUCAGAAAAUCGUGGCUGAUACCGAACGCCGCCUGAACAUCUUCUUUGAUGCGCUGAAUAACGAGACGGUGCCGAAGGAUGCUGUACAGAAGAUGGGUCAGAUAUCAGCUGCGAUAGCUGCGAGGGAUCUGAAUGGCGCGCUGGCGCUGCAUGUGGAUAUGUUGACGGGUGCGACAGGCGAGAUGACUUCUUGGGCUCCUGGAGUGAAGCAGUUGAUCAGGCUGGGUGUUUAG